AUGAUCAACUUCAUCAAUCAUACCGGCUUUUACGCUUUUUCCGCAGAAAUCAAUGGCGGUAUAUGUGGCUUGGCCACGCUCUAUUUUGCCCUUAUUGGAGUGACUGGUCUUGCGCUGAUCCUCCCAACUUAUCACAGUCUUCAUCAACAGCGACGCUUGAUGAGCAAAAAGACACUGCGCUUUCAAAGGCUAUGGCUCCGAAAUCUCACUAUUCAGGUGCUCAUCUUUAUCGGUGUUGUUUUCGUGCCUUUUUGUUGGGAGACGGCAGUUGGCUGGGGAUGGCCCGAGUCCGCUCCACUAAGCGUUUAUACAAUCUGGACAACAGCCAUCGGAUGCUCACAUUGGACUUUAUCAACGGUGGUUCUUCUCUUUGUCUAUGAUAGCUAUCGAAAACGAUUGUUUGAGUCGGUGAAAAUGGUGAUCGGAAUUAGGAAGAAAGAUCAAAGGAUUUCUGUCACAGCAACCUCUGUUAUGAGAGUUUCCCUCACAUUUUCACGCCGUUUUUCAACUGAUUGGAGUCAAAAAAAAGAAGCACAAAACUUUAUUUACAGGCUUGAAUUGUCAACUCAUCGUCAUCUCCUUGUAUGGGAGCCCACGCCGCGGUCCAUUCACGAGGGAGUAGCGCACGCCAUUUCACAAUCCGAUUGUCUUGCUUUCGAUACACCAGCCGCUCAACUUUUUGCCGAAAACGGGAACUUGGGAAUAAACGUGACCCAUAUCCAACUCAACGAAUCAUUGCGA